UACCCAGGUGAUAACGCAGUGUUGUGUUGAGGUGUUUCAACAGCUGAUGUGUUACUUUUGGCAUUAUUUUCAAAAUGCCUGGCCUGUGUGUGGCAUUCGGAUGCAAUAAUAAAGGAGGGCAUCGCUUUCCGACUGACAAAAAACUGAGAGAACAGUGGACAAUAGCGAUUAAACGGGAAGGUUUCCGUCCGAGUUCAGCAUCGCGAGUUUGUUCGAGCCACUUUUCCAAGGAAGAUUAUUGCACCGUAGGCUUUGAAACAAAUCAAAUUCUGGAGAGAAAGAUUUUGAAAAAAGGUGCGGUACCCACUGUUUUUUCAUGGAAAAUGAAAUUGGGUUCAUUUCUAGAAGUUGAUCGUUCAGAGAGGAAGGACGGGUCGAGGAAAAGGAUCGCCAGUUGUUUAACUGCACCAUGUUCUGUGAGCUAUGAAGACGUCCAAGUGCCGUUAAAACCAACCCUUUCUUCAUCUAGUGAAGAUAUUCACGAUUCAAAUAUAUCAAUUGGAUUUAGCAUUGAAGUGAAGAGCGCUCAAAUUGACUCAGAAGCAGCGCCAGGACCAAGUGUUUCUAAAAAGAAAAAUGACCCUCACAUAAAUAGGAUUUCCCCAAAUUUCCCAUUCUGUGCCGUUUAUGUUUCGGGGUUUCCCGAGGAUAGCCCAGGGAUAUCCUUGGGACAACCCGGGACAUAAAUGGGAUAUUCUAUUCCCAUGAAAGAAAUACUACAGAGGUAGUUCUUUACUAUACCGGCGUUCAAACUUUUGAAAAGUUUAAAUUGGUUUUAAAUAGUUGUUGACCAGCGGCCUGCGAAUAAAAUGAUCAAUAUGGUGAUGAUGUUCAUAUUUAUGUUGAGUAUCAGUUUUUAUGACGCCAAUGAAACAUAGGCGAGCAGUGCCAGGCAUGGGAUUUGGUUGUAUGUUCGAUGUCAGUAAAAAGACUUUGGAAACGGGGUCGUAAUAUUCAACUGGAAUUGUAUGAAACUCUUGGAAAUGGAAAAAGGGGAAAAGGCAUUCUAAUAUUCAACUGGAAUUGUAUCAAACACUUGGAAAUUGAAAAAGGAGAAAAGGCGUUAUAAUAUUCAACUGGAAUUGUAUGAAUUUAGCACGCAUACAAAAACAGAUCCACACUUCAAGUGCUGGUUGUUGCAUACGCAGGGCUAUAGUGAGUGGCCGAAAAAUAGUUGAAAGAAGCCACCAAUUUAACGACAAGUAAUUUAACCCUCAAAGUACAUACAUGGUAAAAAUCACGGUAAAGUGUAUCGUGGGUGUUCAAUACCCCAGCAUAUUUAAUCGUGUAUUGUUUAACCCCUAUUGAAUAUUUUGUCACAAUAAAAUUAUCAGAUAUAGUUUAACGUAUCUUUUACUGACAACUGAGACAACUGAGAAUCAAGUGAAAUUUUAAAAGGCAAACCAGCCCCAAACAAACCUGAAAUAAAAAUGACCUCCAAUCCAAGUCAGCCAAAUUAAACUUUAGGAUAUUUAAAUAGGAAAACGAUCCAAUGUAAAAUUCUCUUUUAACGUCCAAUAAUCAAAUUGAUGAAAAGAAUCCCUGAAAAUAAAAUCAUGAAUCUAACGACCAAAUUUGGACAACCACCACAAAAUGUUCCCAUUGAAAUCUGAAAAAAAGAAACACUUCUCUCCCCUUCUUUCCCCCCUAAAAAAGAAAAGAAAACUAUUCAUCUUUACUUUGGACGAAAAUAAAAAGGAGGAAAGAAAAAUGAGAAGGCAACCAACCAAAU